AUGUUUAAAAAUUUAAACUUUGAAGAUUUGGCAGUGAUGGCGUUCUUAGGAACAGGUGACUCUUACCAAUCGAUUGCUUUCAGUUUUAGAUUGAGGCAUUCAACAGUGCAGUCAAUUGUAUUAGAAGUAUGCAGUGCAAUAAUCUCUAAAUUAAAGGAGGAGUAUCUUUCAAUUCUUAGUGAAGAAGAUUGGAAGCGAAUCGCUAAAGAAUUUUGGGAUAUUUGGAUUUCCCCAAUUGCUAGGUGCAUUAGACGGAAAACACGUGUAUUACUUGCUCUUGUGGAUGCUCAAUAUAAAUUUUUAGCAGUCGAUAUAGGAGCAUACGGAAAAAAUAGUGACGGAGGAAUACUAUCGAAUUCAAAUUUAGGAAAAUCUUUAGAAAGAAAUAAAUUAAAUAUUCCGAAUGACCAAUACCUUUCAGAUACUAAUGAAAAAUUGCCCCUAGUUAUAAUAGGAGACGAGGGUUUUCCGCUAAAAAAAAUAUUUAUUAAGUCCUUACCCAGGACCGCAAAUGUAUUAAAAGACCAGAAGAAAAAAAACUUUAAUGAUCGACUUUCCAGAGCACGUAAAGUUGUUGAGGACGCUUUUGGUCAACUUGCAGUCAAGUUUCGAAUUUAUUGUAGAAGGCUGAAUGCAUUACCACGAAAUGCUGAUACCAUAGUGAUGACAACUUGCAUACUACACAAUUUUAUUAAAACAGGUUCCACCGAGGUUCAUAAUAAAGAAAUGUCAUCAAGUUUACCUUUACCUGAACAUAUUACACGAUUACAUCGACAUGGGGGAAGUGCUCAAAAAGAAGCUUUUGAAAAUCGUGAAAAAUUCAAAAAUUUUCUGUGUUCCCCAGCAGGAAAACUUCCUUUUGAAUAA